AGUCUCAGACAAGCAGUGCUAAGGUAUUUUCUCUAGCUUGGGUUUCCAAGUGUUACACGUGUGCUCCUGCUUGGUUGGAAUUGUUGCUGUUUUAAAGGUAGUUUCGCAGCAAUGGGUAAAAAAGCGCGCAAACGGAACAACUUUAAUUACAAUGAAGACAGAAAGAAGCUGAAGAGGAAGAUGAUGAAGAAGGAAAGACCGAGGAUCGAAUGUGCUCAGAUUCGGAAAGCAUGGGAUGCUCACAAAUCAGCCAAGCAGAACAUGCUAGACAUGGGUUUGACGUUUGGAACCAAGGGAUUGCUUCCUAUUAACGAAAAGACUAAGGAUGAACCAAUGGAACAAGUACGAAAACCUUACGUUAUUAGAGAAAUGGAAGCAGAGGCCAGUCUCCCAGCAAAGGACAAAACAACAUGCUCAUCUGACUUAACUGAAUAUGUCCAGCAUAUGAUUAGGGAGCACAACGAGGACUACAAGGCCAUGGCCAGAGAUGAGAAGAAUUACUAUCAAGACACACCCAAACAAAUUAAGAGGAAGGUGGACUUGUACAAGCGCUGCCACCCUCAGGAGUAUGCAGCGUUUGUUGCCUCGUUACAGACACAGAAGACAUCUUAAAUGAGACGCUGGACUCUUAUGACAUUUUAAGUUGAAAUGAGUUGGACGGACAGUGCAUCAGCCACAUAACUUGUAUUAUUCUGCGAGUUCUUGACGUGGUAGCGGAGUGUUUAUAGUACAUAAAACAAUGUUGUAUAUUUCAUAUAUAUAUAUAUAUAUAUAUGAAGUAGCUAUCCAGUUAUCUAUGAUUUUCUGAUAUUUGCAGCCUUACAGUAACCAAGCUGUAGUGUACUGUAGUCUGACUGGACCAGAUGUGAUAUCUAAUGUGAUUACACAUCUGGGGAAAGUUGGCUGAGAGUUGUGCUGAAACUGAGUGCAACUGUGCAAAGUUUAACUUCAUAACAAAAGCAAAACAUAUACUUAAAUGAACAAUGUUUAAAAGGAUUUCUUGGAAAUUGGUUUAUUGUUUGAUUCAGUUCUUUCUAAACAGUUUUAAAUCCACUGAGAUUUUUGUAUUCUUUCUAACAGGUGACCUUACAGUGCUAAUGCUACAGUCAAAUUGUGCUGAAACUUAACAUUUAUUCCUUGGAAAUGAUAUAUUUUGUUCUUUGUACUCCACACACAACUUCACAUUUAAUUGGCUUAUCUAUAAAAAAAAUCUGAUACACUCAGAUCCACAUGAGCAAAAUUCAGCAAGUAAUAAGACUACGCAUAGUACUGAGGGUUGGUGGGGGAAGAGUAUUAAAUCAGCAGUCUGAACUCUC